AUGUAAGUAAGUGUUUUAAUUACCUCCUCAAUCGCUAGUUAACAUAUAGGUUUAAUUUUGGAAGUAUAUUGAUUUAGUUAUAUAUGUAGAAUAGAUUCAUGGGUACUGAGAAAGGAUAUAUAUAUAAAGAUGAUUAAUAAUCAUCGUCAACAAAAUUCCAGUAUAUUGAAGGAGAUGGAUAAAAAUGUGGAAAAACGAAAGAUCGAAGGGAAAUGACAAUAAAUUUAACUUAAAUGUAAAAAAUUCUGAUACAAUAGCUUUUGUAGUUAGAUGUAACGUAAUUAGGAAUCUUUGGUUAAAAAAGACUUUUUCUUAUCUAUUGAAAGAUUUCCAGACAGUUGUUAAGUAGAUGAUAAAAAAUGUUGCUUUAUUUUGUGGUUAUUAAAAAUGCUGAAAAGUUAUUGUAAACAAAAUCUUUAAAGUUAAUCCCCAUUAGAAAUUAAAGAUAAAGGUGCUUUGGACCGAAACUGA